AUGGGAGCAGUUAACUAUCUGAUGGAGAUCCACAGGCGCAAGCAGUCUGACGUGAUGAGGUAUUUGCUGAGGAUAAGGGUGUGUGAGUACAGGCAGCGAGGAGAGUGUUUCCGGGUGGAUAAGCCGACUUUUCUUGACAGAGCAAGGAGUCUUGGAUACAAGGCGAAGCAGGGAUAUGUGCUGUAUAUCGCAAGAGUGAAGAAGGGGAACUUGAAGAGGACCUACCACAACGGAAACACACGAGGAAAGUGUGUGAAUGCAGGGAUUGCGCAGAUCAAGCCGUCGCAAAGGAAGCAGGUGACAGCAGAGAUGGUGGCAGGAAAGAAAUGCUCGAAUCUUAGGGUGUUGAACUCGUACUGGGUUGGGCAGGAUGCAGCGUAUAAGUACUAUGAGGUGAUAAUGGUGAACAAGGACCACAUGGCAAUAAGGAAUGAUCCGAAGAUCAAUUGGAUGUGCAGGCCAACAAUGAAGCAUAGGGAGUGCCGAGGGCUUACAUCUGCAGCGAAGAAGAGCCGAGGGCUUGGGAAGGGAGUUCGAUACAACAAGUCGAACGGAGGCUCUAUACGUGCGUGCUGGAGAAGAAAGAACACGUUGGUUCUACAGAAGUAUCGUUGA